ACGUUGCAUGCAAUUCAACAUUUUAUUCAACUGCGAAAUUAUCCCUUCUCCACGAUAGCUUUCGAUCAAACGGUUGUGGAUCGUCUAGCACUGCCUCAAUCUGCUUAUUUCGGUUGCCAAUCUUGCUUGUAUGCGAUUUUGAGUGAUCCAGGGACUUGGUUGUAACUACUUCAUCGAGAUGGUUGCAAUACUCGGUCACCUGACCCGUGUCAUCGCGGGAGUUCAAGUCCCCAACAGCCCUAUUGUCAAUGCAUCCAUUGAGCUCGCAUACAACAACCAACCAAGCCACACCUAUAACCAUGCCAUGAGAACCUGGCUCAAUGGGCAAGCCAUUAUCAAUAGACUGCCCGCCGGAAAUCGCUCCAUGGUCGACCAGGAAGCAUUUGCUGUAGCGGCGAUAUUGCACGACAUAGGAUGGCACCAAGACCCCCAUUUUUCGACUUUGGAAAAACGAUUUGAAGUCGAUGGGGCCGAUGUUGCACGUGCAUUCAUUCAACAAGAAGGCGGCAAUAGCUGGAACAAGGAACGUCAGCGCAUUGUGUGGGAUGCUAUCGCACUCCACGGUAUCAUCAAUAUAGCACGGUACAAAGACUUUGAGGUCAUGCUGGUAGGCGCGGGCACACUCCUCGAAUGGAACGGAAUAGAAUCUGCAAAGGCUGUAUACGGAGAUCUCAUCACAAUCACUCCUGAAGAGUGGGAAACUAUAGCGCUGGAGUUUCCACGAGCUGGUUCGUUGACCUUCUUUCGAGAAUUGAUGAUCGAUCUCUGUCGUAAAAAGCCAGCGACCACUUAUGAUAAUUUCGUCGGAGACUGGGGCGAGAAAUAUCUAGCCGAUUAUUCGAGGGUUGGUCAUCGUAACAUUGACAUAGCCGAGAACUCAACGGAAGAGAUCAAGCCGCAGUGA